AUGUCAACGGUUCCUCUCUUGACUUGCUGUUUCCGUGGAAGCACGCGAUCGAGAGCCUCCUGCGAUAAAGACACCGCUGCCGAACCAAGUCAGGAGGUUGUUGGUCCCUUCUCCUCCGACUUGCUCGUUGAUUCUGCCGAGGGUGGAUCGUACCAGGGCAUCGACGGCUUGCGCGACAAGGAUCAAACUCAGACUUCCCAUGUCACUGGGUGGACUCAGUUCGGAGAUCAAUCUCUCCAUCGUCCUGCUGGAAUGAAAAGAGAGGAGGAGGGAGAAGAGACAGCAGGAGCUCUGACAAGCAAUAGCUGUGGCUAUGAGGUGUUCCUGAGUUUUAGAGGGCCUGAUACCCGCUUAACUAUCGCGGAUUGUCUCUAUGAAGCCAUGAUCCGUGCAGGGAUCCGCGCUUUCAAGGAUGACCCAGAGCUUCAAGUUGGUGAAGAGAUUGGAGGUAGUCUUUUGCAAGUGAUUAACAACUCCAGAAUUUACAUCCCGAUUUUCUCCAAAAAUUAUGCUUCAAGUAAGUGGUGCCUUCGUGAGCUCGCACACAUGGUGGAGUGCAUAGGGAAAAGAACGAGAGAGGCAGAUGAGAAAGUGAUCCUCCCUAUCUUCUACGAUGUGGAUGUAGAUGAUGUCAAGCUUAAGACCGAGUUAUAUCGGAAAGCCCUCCAAAAGCACAAGAGCAACUCUAGGAAGGAUUUAACAAGGAAGUGGGAGGAGGCUUUAGGGGAGGUUGCCAAAAUUAAGGGAUGGAAUCUCAAAGAUCACGGUGAAGAUAAACUGGUAAAGCUUGUGGUGGAAAAGGUUACUAGUUCGUUAUGGACAAAGUUGACAGAUGUGCCUAAUGAUUUGGUGGGAAUUAAGGAUCGAAUGGAUGACAUUAUGAAGAAGUUAGAUCUAGGAGUUUCUGAUGUAAGGUUUAUUGUGAUUCAUGGUAUGGGUGGCAUUGGAAAGACGACAUUGGCUGAGGCCGUCUUCGAGCAAAUCUCCCCUCAAUUUCAAGGUCAUUGCUGCUUUCUUAAAGAUGUCCGGAGUCAUGAUAUAGUAAUUUUACAAAAGAAAUUGUUAUCUGACAUUCUCAAUCUCAGUUGCACGAACCUCUCCUUCAUUGAUCAAGGGACUAACAUGAUCAAAAAGAGGUUCAAAGACAAGAAAGUCCUUAUUAUUCUUGAUGACAUCGAUAAGCCGGACCAAAUCAGGGGACUUGUAGGCCAUGCUCACUGGUUUGGUGAGGGAAGUAGAAUCAUCAUAAUGACAAGGAAUAUUGAUUUCUUGGUAACCGAAAGUGAAGAUGACAAUGCCUCACAUUAUCAAAAUUUUUCAUUCUACGAUAUGCCGGAGAUGAAUCGGGAUGAUGCUCUUCAACUUUUUUGUGAGCGUGCCUUGGGACUUGCCAAGCCUCCUUCUGAUUAUGUGAACAUUUCAAAUGAACUAAUCAAUGCUCUUGGAAGACUUCCAUUGGCUCUCAAUGUCAUAGGUUCCACACUCCGUGGAAAAUCCCGAAUUACAUGGGAAGAAUUCCUACAGAGGAUAAAGAAGAUCAUCAACGAUGAUAAACUAUGGAUGCAUGAUCAACUUAGAGACCUUGGAAGGGAUAUCGUCCACUCAGAAAAUAGCAGCAGUGAUCAAAGAGGUAGUAGAUUGUGGUGUCCCAAGGAUGCCUUCCAUGCAGUGAAGAGAAAAAAGGGAAUAGAAAACAUAGUAGCGCUCAAUCUCGGCACACCUAAACCUUGUGCAACAUAUAGAUUUAAACGCCAGGAAUUUGUGAGGUUGGUCAACCUUAGGUUCCUUCAAUUGGACCAUGGAAACUUCGAAGGAGACUUUAAGGAUCUUUUCUUCGAGCUAAGAUGGCUCUCUUGGAGUAAUUGCCCUUCGGAAUUCCAAGCUACUAACUUUGGGUUGGAGAAUCUAGUGGUUCUCAAGCUUUCUGGGGUCAAUAUUACUAAAGACUGGGGAGGAUGGUUGCUUCUCAUGUUGCCAAAGCUUCCUAAGAGUCUAACAAAAUUAAGCUUUUCAUUGACGUCGGUGACCCCAAUUCCCGACCUCUCAAACCUGACCAAUUUAGUUGAUCUAGAAAUGUGGGGAACACCAGUAUACAAGCCUAAUUUAGAGUGGCUGGUUAGGCUACGUGCUUUGAGGACGUUGCUCCUGGUUGUUAAAGAUAUGGCCUUGCCUCCAAUGGAUUUGAGUUCCCUCUCUCAGCUACAAGACCUCAAUUUAACUUAUGUUGAGCCCCAAUCUCUCACCAGACUUCCAUCCAGCCUUCAAAGUUUGAGUUUAUGGGAUGCCCAGUCACCAAUAGAUUGGUCACUCUUUUCCAACUUGGAAAAUUUGUCAACUCUGUCUCUCACUGGAUAUCGGCUAGAAGAGAUUCGAUUUGAUGUGCUCGGAAAGCUAAGGAAAUUCAAUGAAUUUAGGUUGGAACAGUGUCCAUGGAUCAAGACGCUGCCUGUUUUGCCAUGUUUGAAGGAGAUUCGGCGUAUGUCAUUCACCUUCAAUCGUCAGCUAACUGAGAUUGAGGGUUUAGGAGAAUUGAAAUCAUUGCGUGAAUUGUACUUCUGCGGAUGCACUUCCAUUAGAAGUUUAAGUGAAACUGAUUUGUCUCGCUUACAGAGUCUGAAUAGCUUGAAAUUCUGUGAGUGCGAAUCGCUGGAGAGCCUGCCGAAUUUGCCAUACAUGAAAACAUCUUUUCAUCUCACCAUAGAAAAGUGCCCAAGGUUACAUGAUUAUGAUGGCCCUUACAGGUCCUACAGAGACGGAGAAAUUCUUUAG